AUGUUGACCUUUGGACACAUUAGAAGGUCCAAAUCACCCUCUGAUGAUAAACAAUUAAGACAUUCCGAUUGGCAUGCCUCUGUCUACUCCGAAGGUAUUCAUUUUCCCUCCUCGUGUCUAAACCAUUCUUCGCUCAGGCGGCAAUGUGAAAAUCGUCUGUGGGUCACGAGUUGAUUCCUUCGACUUUGACCUCCUCUGUGUGGCCUCUAAUUCCAAGUCAAUUUUCCUGACAAGUCAUUCUGGGAAGGUGCUCGCCUACAGCAAGGCAUCCGGCAGCUGUGAGGAGCUGCCGCUCCCAGUAGUUAAAAGUUUCGCCGCAAAUGACGAAGAACUGUUCGGUGUAACAGGUUCCAUCUCCUGCCAGGACUUAAAUAGACCCCUUUAGAUGACAAUUUUGUGUUCUCUGUACCCGCUUCAAUGACUGAAAGCGGCAAGAAAGCACAUCUCAGCUUCCCGCUCUCUGUGAAAGUGAAAUCUGUGGCCUGUGGUGCUGGCUUCGCUGUCUUCUUAACGCCAUCUGGAGUCCUCUUCAGCAAAGGCAUCGGGAGGUAAUUGAUCUGAGUAGCACACUGUUAUCGCUAGUCGCGGCCAACUAGGUCAUGGUGAUCUGGAGUCGAGGGACACACCGGAAAUAAUCUCAGCUCUUCAGCCGGUGACCGUCGUCUCAAUUGCCUGCGGUCUCUGGCACUGUGCCUGCCUGUCAGGUUGGGUGGAGUAUUUCGCCUCUAACCUGGCUUUUUUCCCCUAGACGUGGGUGAUGUCUACACUUGGGGCUCUAACGAGUACGGCCAGCUGGGACUGCCUUCAUUGAACCUGGAAAAGUCGCGCAGCGGCAACGAUCCGACCUUCUUCUCGGAGUCCGCGGUCAACGUUUGUGCUCUUCCCUCUCCUGUCGAUCUCCCGAGUGAUGCUAAUGUCACUGAGGUAUGCUUAUUCUGCAGUUUCCGCCACAAAUUAGCGUGAAAUCCACUGCCAUUACUACUACUACUACUACCACUUUGGUAGUGUUAGUAGUUGUUGUUGUGUACUACGUGUAGUAGUGCAGCAGCCAUCUGUAUAUCUGCAGUUAACUCCACCCACUAAUUUGUCGAAAUUCGCAAUUGUAACUAAAAAGUCUCUCGUAAAACUCAAUUCAGUAAAAACAGAAUAGCACUUCUUUAUACUACGGUAAGGGAAACUUUCCGUUUUGUCAUCCACGGAUAAAGCAACAACUGCACUGUUCAUGACGUAAAGGAAUUUUGAUUUGUUUACUCCCCUUCCCCACGCCGGUACCCUCGCGAGUGCGCGGUAGGAUAAAUCGUUCGUGGGAUAAUGAAGGCAAUGUCAGAUGCAGACAUCCACCAGCUCUGAAUAUUUCUGAACCAGUACUUAUCUCUUCCCCCCUCCCCCCCCCUCCGAGUAGAUAUAUCGCCCGACUGCCACACCCUGUUCACGCGAAUGUGGUUCCCUGUUUGGGACGAACCAGCACCAGUGGCAUCCCCGUUUACUCAAUAUCUGUUGUUUCAGCCAAAGGCGCACGCCUAAUUGGUCAGUAUUCUUAUGCUUUUGCCAUCGGUUGGUGGCUCUGCAUGACUUCCUGUUUAGGGCUCAGGAACUUUCGUCCAAUUUUAUAUUAUAAUAAACUUAAAUUAGUUACAGCUGCCUCGCAGGCAUUCAGCAUAAUUGCGCGCGAUGGCAACGCAACGGACAAACGGUAACCAAUUAACGGACGUGUCAGAUCUAGUGUCUCGAUAAAUAGAUGUCAUCCGUAUAUCUACUCAAUAUCUAUUUCUACUAGGGCCGUCUUACAGUUAGAUGCAGGAACUUAUGACACUGGAGGCACUGAAUGACUUAAACACGUAUUUGGCACCCUCCGCCAAAAUCCACGCUGAUUUCAUUGUUGCCUCGCGUCACAGAAGACGGUUAUAAAGAAUAUAGAGGUGCAUGCAACAACUGCACCGCAUCUGUUGCUGGUUGCUCUCUUUCUUAGACUCAGCGCCCCAGCAACUGCUCUAACGGCAUCCACCAGUAUUUUAUGGUAGUCCUCGUCAGAUAUGGCAUUUAUAUUCGAACUAGCCGAUAUUAGGAUGGGCAUGGUCGCCUUCGGAGACAAUUGCGAAAACUGCUCGUCCUUAAUUAAUCUACGAACAGAAACCGACAAGACAACGAACCCGUGGCUCAGUGGUUAGCGGCGUCGGACUUCUAACUAACAGGUGGUGGGAUCGAGCCCCAGAUGUUCCACACUUCGGGUUGGGUAUGACUGGCUGACGACGGCUAAUAAGCCAGAAAUGGCCAUUCCAGUUUCCCUUUUCUUUGCCGGUAAUACCCAACUGGUCGUUGUCCUGCAGGUAACAGUGUGAUAGAGCACCAGUCGCGGAAACUGAAAAUUCCGACCGUUGCUUAUUUGACGAUGGGUGAUCGGCCGCUCCUUCUUUCACUUUAUCCCAUUUUCUGUCUUGUGGCCUUUUUCCCAUCGAGAUUGCUUGCGGCAGUAGGCACACCGCCUGCCUCACAGAGACUGGCGAGCUCUUCACCUUCGGCUGGAACGGUGCCGGCCAGCUGGGCUUCCAACCGAAAUUUUCGAGUCCGGAGGAGGCUGCUGGACAGUAUUCGCACAUAUUUGCUUCGGAUAAACCCCAGCGCGUGGACUUGGACCUGAGCGGUCAGAGGGUCGAUUUAAAGGUGGCUUGUGGCCAAUGGUCCACGUUCAUGUACAGACAACCGUCCCUUUAG